CUUGUUCCCAUGGACUUUUGACAAUAGAAUCAUCACAUGAAUGCUAAGAAACGCGUGAUGGUCCUGCGAACGUUCAUUAAUUUAACCACACUUUCACAUAUUUAGUGGUAAACUGCACCGCCAUGCGCCAUGCUGACCGAAUGAUCUCGUGACGACGCGUUUCUUCCUAGAGUUUACCAUGAUAUGUGCCAACACAACCUUGCCUCUUUUAAAGUGUAGAGACGCGAAGCAGGAUACCCUUGGUUGACACUAAUUUACAACCAAUUCCAUCUUCGAGAGCACUGGCAGAGGAUACCGUGAGUCUCGUAGCAAAGACAAUAAGAAUAAUAUAAUCUUAAUGAUACCGGGCCCGCGAAGUUGGGUCUUGUUCUCCCAGCGACCAUGAGGAAUCGGGCGGCACACCCAUUUCGUCUCGACCAUGAUCCUUGCUGGAAUGAAUAAUCUUAGCCACCAAGCAUACAGCCCUGUAGUCAUGGUCCAGCCAAUGACCGACUGUGAAAUUGUUUCAGAUUGGGCACCAAGAGCUAUGAUCGCAUGCUUCGUCUCCGAAAUAGGUUACUCGGCACCGGGGACGUUCGACCAGUGCAAGCACAUCAUUGUCCCCAAGCCCAUGCGGUACGCUAGUUGCCGAAUCUCUGGAACGCUAAGCUUGUGUGACAGCUCGAGUGUCUUGAAUCCCUCUUAUCAUUGACGUUGCCACCUAGAGACGAGCCUGAUCUUGGCGCAAGGUGAUAUGAAGUACCACUUGUCCCCUUCCAGAUCGGUCCAAACCCUUACCACCCAACAUCUUCAACGGCUGUAGUCAGUGAGCAAUAAUCGGGCCCAUGGCGCUGACAAUCAAGCAGCUGAGCUCAGACUCGGCGUUUCUGCUGACUCUGGAGCCCAUUCAACCGGAAUCUGUCCCAGGCACACAACCUCCGCGCCCUUUCCGCAUCCUUCUAGACCCGUGGAUCACUCCGGCCAAGAAGUCUGUCAGGACAAAUCACCAAGGGCUAUGCAUAAAUUCUAUCCUCGACAUCCCCGAGCCAGACCUCAUCAUCAUUAGCAGCAAAGAAGAUGACCACUGCAACGAACAGACGCUCAAGACCCUGCCUCGCCGUAGCUCCAAGAUGAUGAUCCUCGGCGACGCCCAAGUUACUAAGCGAAUAUUGAGCUGGAACCAUUUUGAUCCUCGCAUUAUACGAACGAUGGAGCCUUGGCAGAGUCGAUUUAUGGCUCAGAAGAAAACUAAAGGCGACAAUAUUUUGAGAAUCCCGGUGCCAUCGCCAAUCAUGGGCGGCGCUUGUGGCGAAGUAACUGUUGCUUUAUUGGUACACAAGAAAGAGGCCGCUAUUGGUAUUACAUAUUUGCCGCCCAAAUGCUAUGAUAGCCGGAGGAGGUCCGUAAUAUCGUUUGCCGACUCCGAUUCUCCAAUCUCCCCGACGGCAACAUCCCUAUGGGCCCCUCGAUCAUCGUCUCUCCCCAGAUCGACGCUUUCUCGUUCAGCCUCUGAUCUAUCUACCAGGCGCAAGCGACCUCAUUCUAGGCAACGCAGUGUCUGUCUUCCCGCGCUUCCAAGUUCGGUCAGCAUGGGAAACCUCCGCGCUUCUCGCUCCAUUGUCAAUUUGGACACUACUGCGCCUGAUCGUGGCGUUUCUGUCAUCUUUUCACCACAUGGCAUCCCGUAUAGCGCAGUUGAGCCAUACGCAACCUCACAUUUGCUGGCACAGGCAGUGCUCCCACUCACAGCACUUCUUCACUGUUUUGACAGUGUUACCUAUCCAUGGUGGAGUCGCAAUACCCCAAGUAAAGGUAUGUCGACAGCCCAGCAAACCGCUUCAACAUUGGGCGCCAGAGCUUGCAUCAGCACCCAUGAUGGCAACAAGUUUACGCGAGGCUUUUUUGGGGACUUUAAAUCUCCUCGGCGAACUAAAUACGAUGUGGAUGACGUCAAGGAUAUGGUAGACUCAGCAAGUGGUCUAUCAGAUACUCAUCACCAUCGUCGCUCACAUUCGCCUGGUUUCCGCACAAGAUCUACAACAUCAGUUAAGCCAACAGAAGCAUUGCUUUUACGCAGCGGAGAGUCAGUUACAUUGACUAGUGAAGGUGUAUGUGAGUUGGAGGAAUCAGGCAGUGAAAGCUGGGAUGAAGACGAGGUGCCUCCCGUACCGCCUCUACCGCAGGGUUUCUAUCCGACACCACAGAGCUCUUUCGAAUGGCUUCCCGGACCUUGUUGAUUAUGUGAUUAUAUCAUUCUGUUGUAUAUUUUUUCCUUUCCUUUUCACAAGUUCGUUUUGCAGACCUGGGAGUAGUAGAUGACCUAAUUCACAAGCCGCCUGUUUUCAAUCUAUUUUAUUCUUCUUAUAAACUCCAGUUUAAUUCUCUAUAUAGUUUAAACAUGAAGCAAUAGUUAAUCUAGUAUCUUGUAAAUUAUAUACAAACUUUUAGAGGUCUAUUAAAAAUAAACGGUU